CACGCCCCCCCUAGCUGCAUGACCCGGAAGUAGCUGCACAUGCUGUUGUGUGUAUGAGCCGGGCUGCUCAAGGUGAUGUCUGUCUGAAGCCAAGAUGUCCUUUGCAGGAAUCCGGAGCCUUGUCUCCUUACCUUGGCGAUGGGGUUCUUCACUUUUCCGUCCUGCUGUCCCUUCGCUGGUGGACUCCCAUAGCAUGGCCACAUUGAACCAGAUGCACCGGGCAGGCCGACCCAAGAAACCUCCACCCAGACUGGGACCUUUAGGUGGCAACCCUCAGCUAAAAGGUGUCGUUUUGAAAACCAUGAUCCGGAAGCCUAAAAAACCCAACUCUGCCAACCGCAAGUGUGCCCGUGUGCGGCUUAGCAACGGCAAAGAGGUGGUGUGCUUUAUACCAGGAGAGGGACACAACCUGCAGGAACACAACAUUGUCCUGGUGGAGGGUGGACGCACACAGGAUCUGCCUGGGGUCAAGCUAAAAAUUGUCCGUGGAAAAUAUGACUGUGCCCAUGUGAAGAAGUAGUGAUGGUCGCUACCAGGGCGGAAGUUAUCAUGGCUACUAUGUACCACUACAACUAACUGUACACUGACUGCAGAGGCUAGUCUUAGUUGGAUGAUAAAAGAGUUACUACGCCACCUUGAGGAGGUGUGCAAGAUUACGUAUUCCUGGUGCCCACUGUAGUUGAUGACGAUUUUGUGUCUUAUAUUUGCCAUGAAACAAUAAACUGUUGCCUUUAUGUACUGACCUGGA